AAAGAUGGCAUGAAUUGGUUACCCAUCUCUUCUCUGACCCAGAGCUGCGUGCCUCUCCUAGCAACACUGGGGACCCGCCAUCCAUUCUGUUGGCCGCUGGGGCGCUGGCCCUGUCCCUUUAAAACCUUGUGCAGGGUCUAGAACAGCUCUCUGGACUUUGACCAAGAAUUCUCACCGCCUGAGUCGGGAUGCGGACGGGCACCACACUCUGCUACCACUUCCUCCAACUUCUGUGGUGAUCCCAAGUUUACAAACUUCGUGACCGGGCAGGGUAACCCUCCGACAGUAGAAGCACUCAGGCAGGGACGACCUGCGAUCCGGGGUUCAGGAGCCGGGCUAAACACCCUGUGGGUGGCAGGAGGGACUGUGGCACCCCUCCUCCCCCCAGGGCCACUGUCCGGAGCAGCAGCUGCAGCAGCGGCAACUGCUCGCACCCUGUCGGGCUCAGGUUACUGCCUUCUUCCUCCAACAUCUCCGGCCAAACAGGGAAAACCUUGUUCAAGUUUGCUGCCAGUACUUACCCUAUGUGAGAAAUUGGGGCUCUGGAAAGGCGCUGGGACUGUCUCCUAGCACGCGUCUCCAUCUCUGAACCCAAUAUUAGCUUCCCAAGCGCCACUUACUCCUGCAACCGGUUGUGCAUCUGGCUGGCACUGUGAAGAACACCAAGGAAAAGGCUGAGCUGCGAAUCUUAAGAUCCUGGGACCUGGGUUGUUCUUCAAAAAAAAAAAUGGCUAUUUCUUCAGAUUCUUGUUUGGGCUUUAUUUGUAUAUUGUUGUGCCACUGGAUUGAGACAGCAUCCCCUCUGAAUCUUGAAGAUCCCAAUGUCUGCAGCCACUGGGAAAGCUACUCGGUGACUGUACAGGAGUCAUACCCACAUCCCUUUGACCAGAUCUAUUACACCAGUUGCACUGACAUCCUGAACUGGUUUAAAUGUACGAGGCACAGAAUCAGUUAUCGGACCGCUUAUCGCCAUGGGGAGAAAACUAUGUAUAGGCGCAAAUCCCAAUGUUGCCCUGGAUUUUAUGAAAGCAGGGAUAUGUGUGUCCCUCACUGUGCUGAUAAAUGUGUCCAUGGUCGCUGCAUUGCUCCAAACACCUGUCAGUGUGAGCCGGGCUGGGGUGGGACCAACUGCUCCAGUGCCUGUGAUGGUGAUCACUGGGGGCCUCACUGCAGCAGCCGGUGCCAGUGCAAAAACGGGGCUCUGUGUAACCCCAUCACCGGGGCUUGUCACUGCACUGCAGGCUUUCGCGGGUGGCGCUGUGAGGAACGCUGUGAGCAGGGCACCUAUGGUAACGACUGUCAUCAGAGAUGCCAGUGCCAGAAUGGAGCCACCUGUGACCACAUCACGGGGGAAUGCCUUUGCUCACCGGGGUACACUGGAGCCUUUUGUGAGGAUCUUUGUCCCCCUGGAAAACAUGGCCCACAGUGUGAGCAGAGAUGUCCUUGCCAAAACGGAGGCGUGUGUCACCAUGUCACUGGAGAGUGCUCCUGCCCUUCUGGCUGGAUGGGCACAGUGUGUGGUCAGCCUUGCCCUGAGGGUCGCUUUGGAAAAAACUGUUCCCAAGAAUGCCAGUGCCACAAUGGAGGGACAUGCGAUGCUGCCACAGGCCAAUGUCACUGCGGUCCAGGAUAUACAGGGGAACGGUGCCAGGACCAAUGUCCUGUUGGAACCUAUGGAGUUCACUGUGCUGAGACCUGCCGGUGUGUUAAUGGGGGAAAGUGUUACCAUGUGAGUGGUGCUUGCCUCUGUGAAGCAGGCUUUGAAGGUGAACUCUGUGAGGCUCGCCUGUGUCCAGAGGGACUCUAUGGCAUCAAAUGUGACAAAUGGUGUCCUUGCCACCUGGAUAACACUCAUAGCUGUCAUCCCAUGUCUGGAGAGUGUUCCUGCAAGUCAGGCUGGUCAGGACUGUACUGUAAUGAAACGUGUUCUCCUGGAUUCUACGGGGAAGCUUGCCAACAGAUCUGCAGCUGCCAAAAUGGGGCAGACUGUGAUAGUGUGACUGGAAGUUGCACCUGUGCUCCAGGAUUUAAAGGAGUUGACUGCUCUACCCCAUGCCCCCUGGGAACCUAUGGGGUAAACUGUUCCUCUCGUUGUGGCUGUAAGAAUGAAGCUAUCUGUUCUCCUGUGGACGGGUCUUGUGCAUGCAAGGCAGGCUGGCAUGGAGUGGACUGCUCCAUCCGAUGUCCCAGUGGUACAUGGGGCUUUGGCUGUAACCUAACAUGCCAGUGUCUCAAUGGGGGUGCCUGUAACACUCUGGAAGGGACCUGCACUUGUGCACCUGGGUGGCGAGGGGCAAAAUGCGAACUUCCCUGCCAGGAUGGCACAUAUGGGUUGAGCUGUGCUGAGCGCUGUGACUGUAGCCAUGCAGAUGGCUGCCAUCCCAUCACAGGCCAUUGCCGCUGUCUUCCAGGAUGGUCAGGUGUGCACUGUGACAGUGUAUGUGCAGAGGGACGCUGGGGACCUAAUUGCUCACUACCCUGCUAUUGUAAAAAUGGGGCUUCAUGCUCCCCUGAUGAUGGCAUCUGUGAAUGUGCACCUGGCUAUCGAGGCACCACUUGUCAGAGAAUCUGCUCCCCUGGUUUUUAUGGGCAUCGCUGCAGCCAGACAUGCCCACAGUGUGUCCACAGCAGUGGCCCGUGUCACCACAUCACAGGCUUAUGUGACUGCUUGCCUGGCUUCACAGGUGCCCUCUGCAAUGAAGUGUGUCCCAGUGGCAGGUUUGGGAAGCAUUGUGCAGGUAUUUGCACCUGCACCAACAAUGGCACGUGUAACCCCAUCGACAGAUCCUGCCAGUGCUAUCCAGGUUGGAUUGGUAGUGAUUGCUCCCAGCCCUGUCCGCCUGCCCACUGGGGUCCAAACUGUAUCCAUACUUGCAACUGCCACAAUGGAGCCUUCUGCAGUGCCUACGAUGGGGAAUGUAAAUGCACUCCUGGCUGGACGGGGCUCUACUGCACUCAGAGAUGUCCCUUGGGCUUCUAUGGCAAAGACUGUGCAUUAAUAUGCCAGUGUCAAAAUGGAGCAGAUUGCGACCAUAUCUCUGGGCAGUGUACGUGCCGCACUGGAUUCAUGGGGAGGCACUGUGAGCAGAAGUGCCCGGCUGGAACAUAUGGCUAUGGCUGUCGCCAGAUAUGUGAUUGUCUGAACAACUCUACCUGUGACCACAUCACCGGGACCUGUUACUGCAGCCCAGGAUGGAAAGGGGCACGAUGUGAUCAAGCUGGUGUUAUAAUAGUUGGCAAUCUGAACAGUUUAAGCCGAACCAGCACUGCCCUUCCUGGAGAUUCCUACCAGAUCGGGGCCAUUGCGGGCAUCAUCAUCCUUGUCCUGGUUGUGCUCUUUCUCCUGGCACUGUUCGUUAUUUACAGACACAAACAGAAGGGGAAGGAGACAAGCAUGCCAGCAGUGACCUACACCCAAGCCAUGCGGGUCAUCAAUGCAGAUUACACAGUUGCAGAAACCUUGCCCCAUAGCAAUGGUGGAAAUGUCAACAGCCACUACUUUACCAAUCCCAGUUAUCACACACUUACUCAGUGUAUUACAUCUCCUCAUGUCAACAACAGGGACAGAAUGACCAUCACCAAGUCGAAAAACAACCAGCUAUUUGUGAAUCUUAAAAAUCUGAAUCCAGGGAAAAGAGGCCCAGUGGUGGACUGCACAGGAACUCUGCCUGCAGACUGGAAACAUGGUGGCUACCUCAACGAGCUUGGGGCUUUUGGACUUGACAGAAGCUAUAUGGGAAAGUCCUUAAAAGAUCUGGGAAAGAAUUCUGAAUAUAAUUCAAGUAACUGCUCCCUAAGCAGUUCUGAAAACCCAUAUGCCACAAUUAAAGAUCCACCAGUACUUCUCCCUAAAAGCUCAGAAUGUGGCUAUGUGGAGAUGAAGUCACCAGCUCGAAGAGACUCCCCAUAUGCAGAGAUCAGUAACUCAACUUCAGCCAACAAGAAUGUGUAUGAAGUUGAACCGACAGUGAGUACUGUCCAAGGGAUAUUCAGCAAUAAUGGGCAUCUCACCCAAGAUCCAUAUGACCUCCCAAAGAACAGCCACAUCCCUUGCCAUUAUGACCUUCUGCCAGUCCGGGACAGUUCAUCUUCCCCCAAGAGAAAGGAUAGCAGCCAUGGCAGCAGCAGCGGCGGCAGCAGCAGCAGCAGCAACAACAGCAGCAGCGAAUGAUAAACAAAGGGCCACUGGGUGACUGCUGGACCCUUUUCAGAGCUGCACUUCAGUUCUCCAGCCUUGAGUUUGCCACUAUAGGCGAAUCUUAACCAGUUUGGUAGGCAAUUGUUAGACAUGAACCAGAAAGCUCAAAGCUGAGGAAAAUGCCAAUUGUAUAUGUGUUUUGUAUAGUGGUUUGGAAGGAGGUAGCAACAUGAUUUCCUGUGGAUGUAAGGGUUAGAACCUACUGCACCUGUGAAACAGCAUAUUUUAAGCUGUUGGCUGAAAGCAUGAACUUGAUAUAACUCCCUUAGAGACACAGAUUGGAGUGGGCAUUGGUAUUGUUGCUUGAAAUUUUUAAAUUUAAAUAUUUUUUUCAUGUGUAUCAGAGAGCCAUUGCUAGGAUUGUGCAGUUUACCAUAAAUUUACUUAAUAAAAGUUGGAAUUGUCCAAAUAUAGAAGACAAAGGACAUACUAUUGAGUCAUUGCUUUUUUUCCCCAACUGGACUCAGAAUUAUAGGAUUUAUAAGAAUGGAAGAAGGCUGAAGAGAUGACUUAAUGGUUAAGGUGCUUGCCUGCAAAGCCAAAGGACCCAGGUUCGAUUCCCCAGGAUCCACAUAAGCCAGAUACAUAAGGUGGCACAUGGGUCUGGAG